CGGCCUGUCGCCCCCGGCCCGCGCCCCAGCCCCGGGGCCGGACGCCCCCCCAGGCCGCGCACACUCACCUAGGACCCGGCCGGGAUGCCGAGCUCUGUCGAAGAUGCACUGGACACCGGAACACGCCCAGCCCCUCAACCAGUGGCCAGAGCAGCACCUGGACGUCUCCUCCACCACCCCGUCGCCGGCCCACAAGUUGGAGUUGCCCCCCGGGGGUCGCCAGCGCUGCCACUAUGCUUGGGCACACGACGACAUCUCUGCCCUCACUGCCUCCAACCUUCUCAAGCGCUACGCAGAGAAGUACUCGGGGGUCCUGGACUCGCCUUACGAGCGCCCCACCCUGGGCGGCUACGGCGACGCCGCCUUCCUCAACGGCGCCAAGGGGGACCCCGAGCCCUGGCCGGGGCCGGAGACCCCCUACCCCUUGGCCUCGCUCCACGAGGGCCUCCCGGGAACCAAGUCGGGCACUGGGGGCGGCUCCGGGGGCCUCGGGGGUUCCCCGGUUUUAGCCGGUAACCUACCUGAACCCCUCUACGCCGGCAACGCGUGCGGGGGCCCGUCGGCAGCGCCCGAGUACGCGGCGGGCUACGGCGGGGGGUACCUGGCGCCCGGUUACUGUACGCAGACCGGCGCCGCGCUGCCCCCGCCUCCCCCGGCCGCGCUCCUGCAGCCCCCGCCCCCGCCGGGCUAUGGCCCCUCUGGGCCUCUGUACAACUACCCAGCAGGAGGCUACGCCGCGCAGCCGGGCUAUGGGACCCUCCCGCCGCCGCCCGCCCCGCCCCCGGCCCCCUACCUAACCUCGGGCUUGGCGGCGCCCACGCCCCUGCCCACACCCGCCCCGUCCCGCCCACCGCCCUCCUCCUACGGCUUCCAGGGGGCCUCGGAGGCCGGAGUGUCGCUGAAGCGCAAGGCGGCCGACGAAGGCGCCGAGGGCCGCUACCGCAAGUACGCCUUCGAGCCCGCCAAGGCCCCGGCGGCCGACGGCGCCUCCUACCCCGCCGCGGACAACGGCGAGUGUCGGGGCAACGGGUUCCGGGCGAAGCCGCCGGGAGCGGCGGAGGAGGCAUCAGGCAAGUACGGUGGCGGCGUUCCCCUCAAGGUCCUGGGCUCCCCCGUCUACGGCCCGCAACUCGAGCCCUUUGAGAAGUUUCCGGAGCGAUCCCCGGCGCCGGCUCCCCGCGGGGGCUUCGCGGUGCCGUCCGGGGAGCCUCCCAAAGGUGUGGACCCGGGGGCCCUGGAGCUGGUGACCAGCAAGAUGGUGGACUGCGGGCCGCCGGUGCAGUGGGCGGACGUAGCGGGCCAGGGCGCGCUCAAGGCGGCGCUGGAGGAGGAGCUGGUGUGGCCCCUGCUGAGGCCGCCCGCCUACCCCGGCAGCCCGCGCCCGCCGCGGACCGUGCUGCUCUUUGGGCCGCGGGGCGCCGGCAAAGCGCUGCUGGGCCGCUGCCUCGCCACGCAGCUGGGCGCCACGCUGCUGCGCCUGCGCGGAGCCACGCUGGCCGCGCCGGGCUCCGCCGAGGGCACGCGCCUCCUCCAGGCCGCCUUCGCGGCUGCGCGCUGCCGCCCGCCCGCGGUGCUCCUUAUCAGCGAGCUGGACGCGCUGCUGUCAGCUCGGGAGGACGGCACGAGCGCCGCGGGCGCGCUGCAGGCGCCGCUCCUGGCCUGUCUGGACGGCGGCUGCGGCGCGGGAGCCGACGGCGUGCUGGUCGUGGGCACGACCUCGCGGCCCGCGGCCCUGGACGAGGCGACUCGCCGGCGCUUCGCUCUCCGCUUCUACGUGACGCUGCCCGACGGCCCGGCCCGCGGGCAGAUCCUGCAGCGGGCGCUGGCCCAGCAGGGCUGCGCGCUGAGCGAGCGGGAGCUGGCGGCCCUGGUGCAGGGCACCCAGGGCUUCUCCGGGGGCGAGUUGGGGCAGCUGUGCCAGCAGGCGGCGGCCGGGGCGGGCCUCCCGGGGCUGCAGCGCCCCCUCUCCUACAAGGACUUGGAGGCGGCGCUGGCCAAGGUGGGCCCUAGGGCCUCGCCCAAGGAGCUGGACUCGUUCGUGGAGUGGGACAAAAUGUACGGCUUCGGACACUGAAGGCGCUCCGUGAGGCCGCGGGAGCCGCCGCCCCCCUCCCCGGCCCUCUGUUCGCGGAGUGAGGGAUAUGGGGUGGGGGAGAGAAGGGGGCGCCGGUGGAUGUUUUUGUUUCGUGGGAAGGAAAAUGCUUCUGCUAGGCAG